AUUGGAUAGUGUGUGAUGGUUCGGGGUUGUGUGCUACAGCGCUGAAGAAGCUAUUGGAGCUAUUUGACGCUAUGGGCUGAUAUAGCUCAAGUUUUCCGCUUUCCACACGCCCAUUCCCGGCUCUAUUGGAGCUGAGUCGGGCAUCACAUUGGGCUUAAAUUGUUCAUGACGGUGUUUUCCGUAUUAAUCAAUUUGUAGACGAGUCUCAGUUGCCGUUUGCAAUGACCGGGGAGAAGAUUCGCUCCCUCCGCAGGGAACACAAACCUAGCAAGGACGAGGACUUGCUAGAGCCAGAUGAGGAGGCCACGGCAGGGGGCACCUUCACCAAGACGGGCAAAAACAAAGGUAGCAAAAUUUUCAGUAACCACAAAGUGAUCCGGCCGCCUUCAAACAGCUUCACGGAGUCCAACAUCACCGGAGAAGCCAAGGCCGACACCUACUUCCCGGUACACGAGUGUGUAUUCAAGGGAGAUAUACGUAGGUUGUCUUCCCUCAUCAGGACCCACAGCAUCGGCCAGAAGGACAACCAUGGUAAUACUCCUUUACAUCUUGCUGUAAUGUUGGGCAACAAAGAAUGUGCCCAUCUCCUCCUGGCCCACAAUGCUCCUGUGAAAGUGAAAAAUGCUCAGGGUUGGAGUCCUCUGGCAGAAGCCAUCAGCUAUGGAGACAGACAGAUGAUUACAGCGCUACUGCGGAAGCUGAAGCAGCAGUCCAGGGAAAGUGUUGAAGAAAAGAGACCUCGACUUUUAAAUGCCCUAAAAGAGCUAGGAGAUUUUUACUUGGAGCUUCACUGGGAUUUUCAAAGCUGGGUGCCUUUACUUUCCCGAAUCCUGCCUUCUGAUGCAUGCAAGAUCUAUAAACAAGGUAUAAAUAUCAGGCUUGACACUACUCUAAUAGACUUUACUGACAUGAAGUGCCAGCGUGGGGACCUCAGUUUUAUUUUUAAUGGAGAAGCUGCACCAUCAGAGUCUUUUGUAGUUUUAGAUAAUGAACAAAAAGUUUACCAACGAAUACACCAUGAGGAAUCUGAAAUGGAAACUGAAGAGGAAGUUGAUAUUUUGAUGAGUAGUGAUAUUUAUUCAGCUACGUUAUCAACAAAGUCUAUUACUUUUACACGUGCCCAAACUGGUUGGCUCUUCAGAGAGGAUAAAACGGAGCGUGUGGGAAAUUUCUUAGCAGAUUUUUAUUUAGUAAAUGGGCUUAUUUUAGAAUCAAGAAAAAGGAGAGAGCAUCUAAGUGAGGAAGACAUACUGCGAAAUAAAGCUAUCAUGGAGAGCCUGAGUAAAGGAGGAAACUUGAUGGAACAAAAUUUUGAGCCUGUGCGGAGACAGUCACUAACGCCACCACCUCCCAACACAAUCACCUGGGAAGAAUAUAUUUCUGCUGAAAAUGGAAAAUCACCUCAUCUUGGAAGAGAAUUGGUUUGUAAAGAGAACAAAAAAACAUUUAAAGCAACAAUAGCUAUGAGUCAAGAUUUCCCUUUAGGGAUUGAAUCGCUGCUGAAUGUUUUAGAGGUUAUUGCACCCUUUAAGCACUUUAAUAAACUUCGAGAAUUUGUACAGAUGAAACUUCCUCCAGGAUUUCCUGUGAAGCUUGAUAUUCCAGUGUUUCCAACAAUCACAGCUACAGUAACUUUUCAAGAGUUUCGUUACGGAGAAUUUGAUGAAUCCAUUUUUACAGUACCUGAUGACUACAAAGAAGACCCAAGUCGUUUUCCUGACUUGUAGCUGUCCAAGACUUUUCUGCAACAAUCUUUAAAGGAUUAAUGUAGAGUAAUUGCUAAUAGGGCAAAUUAAUCUGAGGUCCUAUAAUUCAGUUAAGGGAAGAUAUUCCUAAAAGACAAAAUACUCCAAUACAGCAUGCUCAAGGAUCCAUCAUCUCUUGGCUACAAGAAUGUUUCGGUGGCACUGGGGGGUUUUGGAGAAUAAAUGUACCCCCCCCCCUUUUUCGGUUUUUCAGUUCCAUUCAAAGAAAAUCUUGGCAAACUUAAUGCUCUAUCCAGUUUUUACUUUAAUUCAAUUAUACAUUUUGAAUCGUCUCUGAACGCACAACAUUUUCACCCUGUGACACUGUAGAGUCCUUGUUAGGUAUAGAAAAUACACUUCUAAGUAUCAAAGCAAUUAUUAAACAGUUGCCAAAGCCAAAUACUGUAAAAAAACAAACAAAAAAACCCCCAUACAAAUGCUUACCAUGGAGGGAGAGGUGAUUUCUUAAAGCACUAAAUAAUGUUUGUGUAGUGCUUGGUAUAUUUGUACCCAAGAUGUAUUUUUCAUUUCUUUUAAAUGCAUUUUUUUAAUUGAAUUUUUCCCUUAUGUUUCAAACACAUUUAAUACUUUUGUGAGUUCCACAUUACUAGUUAUGAAUAUAUCACCAUUGAUUGUCUAGUUGGUUUUAUACAGCAGUGCAGUUAAAUGGAUAAUGCCCAUGUGCUACAUAUACAAUGGAAUGUGUGAAAUAGAUAUCGGAUGUAUUUUUCUUUGGUGGUUCUUGUAAUUGUGCAAUGCCUCUCACAGCUUUUUUUUUUAAAUGCUUUAACUGGAGUAUUUUCCAUACUUACUCUGUUUUUAAAAUCCUAUUGUGCACAUAUUGUAGUAAGUCACAGACAAUCUAAAUAUAUGUGCAUGUAAGGCACUUUGUGCUUUCUUUUUAUCUUUUCUUUUUUUCUUUUAUUGUGAUAUGAUAAUAUAGAAGAUUAGGAGGGCUGUGUACUUUUAAUAUCAACUUCGAUCCCACCACAAAGAAAAUAUAAGCACAGUGAAAUGGAAACCUUCCUUCUCCUGGUAACAUUGUUUAUUUAGUCUUUUGGUUUCAAACAUGAAAAAAAAUAUUUUCCUUCUCUCUCUUUGUAGAACUUGGAUUAUACAUUAUACCUUUUUUUGAGAUUCAUCUGUUGGCCAAUGUUUAUAGUAAUUAAUCUUGAGAAAUUAGUUAUAAAAAGCAAAUGCAGUAUCAAGUGGUAUAGAGCUUGCUGCGUUUAGGAACUUUUUUGUCUUUUUUUUAUAGUUGGGAGAUAACUAUUUAGGGCAACUUGCUGUGCUCAUCACUGUAAUGUUUAUCUAAAAUGUACAUUACUGACACUUCAAUCAUUUUUUUUUUCUUUUUUUACUAGUAGCAUUGGGGUAAUUAUGGUAUUUUAUACUUUAGCAGAAUACCUGAAAAGAUGUCCUUAAACAAAUGACAAUUUUGUCUGAAGGAGAGAAACAUGCUUACCCACAUUCAGUAAACUUUAUAAAUCUUGAAUGCAAAGUAAAAUCACUUUUAUUAUUUUUUUGGUGCUGGCAGGGCCUGCAUUUCAUUUCAGUAAGUUCUGGGUUCUUACUGUAUUAAAGAAACUGAAAGGACAUAUAUGUUAUAUGUAAGUUUUACAUUUUUUUGUACACCUGUUGCAUCAUGGGUCAUUUGAAGUGCUGCUAUUCAGGUCUUCCACAGCUUUUAAUAAAAGGGAAUACAGUUUUCUUUACCAUAUGUCAAAGAACAUAUUGUAUCAAAUCAACAUUGUAUAGGCAUUUUUACUGGAAGUUGUAGACACUUUUGUUUUGUAAACAAAAACAAUGUUGUUUAUUAUUACUGGAUUUAGUAUCCAACGUUGGUUCAUUUAAAACGACGGCAAAACUGUUUUCAUUCCUGCUACCACUGUUUGUUUAAUGCAAGUUCUUUCAAGUUUAAGCCACCUGUUUACCAAUAAUAUAUUGUUUUCAACAUGCAUUUUUGUAAAAUACAAGAGACUGAUUUAAUCAAAACGAAUUGCAUAUUUGGUUUGUAUUGUUUGUUGCCAUGCUUUGUUCUAAUAAUUUUAAGCUGUUUUCUUAUUUGUUUUAUACACAUUACAAUGUUUAAUUGAAAUGUAAUGAAAUCGGUGGCGAAGUCAAGUCACUUGUAAAAGUUAGUCUUGAAAGGUGAUAAGUAUAUGAAGCGGAACACGUUGGAUUUGCAAAAUAAUCCACCCUAACAUUGUAGUAAGAAUUGAUAUAAAUGUUUUAUAAAAUAAUUUAUAAUUAAAA